AUGGAUUCCAGCCGCCAUGCGGUGCCUGCCGGGAAUGGGAAUGAACCAUCCCACGAGCCUCAGGAUGGGCAGCCAACGCCUGAGACCGAGACCAGCGCAUCAGGACUCGAGAACCUGCCGUCACCCUCGGAGGCGGCAGAAUCCAAGACGUCCAACUGGACACCUGCGUCGGCUGCCGGCUCAGCCGCUUCAACCGCAGGGCUUGCUUCCUGCAGCGCAUCCUCGGAUGGCCAGCUAGGCCAUGAGGCGAAGCCCCUCCCGGAAGACCGAGUUUUCCCCAUCCGCUCCGUCAUUGCCGGCAACCUGGGCAGGACUUCUAGCGAAGACGGUCACUCGCUCCGGAAAGUGACCCUGUCUGAGGGCUUCAAGGCUGCAUUGGAGACCAGGUCCAUGUCGGGGAUGAAAGCUGGAAACGUUGCGGCUCUGGCCCCCAACACGUCAUGGCCAGCAACGACAGCUCAACCCGGCCGCACGAGCGCCGCAUCUGGCUCCCGGUCUAGCAUCCAGGCUGAUGCGGAGAGGCAUGGAACCGUACAGCGGGUAGCUGCCAUCAUCGGAGAGCAGUCGGGCGACGGCUCGGAAUCCGAAGACAAAGACGAGACCCAGGACCCACAGGCUGCCAACGAGGAUUCACCGGAGCGCGAUGCAGCUUCCGGCUCCCCAUCACAGGACCAUUACACCUUCCGCUUCAAGCAUGUCAUAACUGAUGAAGGCCAUGCCGUCAUCACGGGCCGAGAUGGGACCAUGCAGAGGUGUGAAGACGAGCCGAUACACGCCCCUGGCGCCAUCCAGGCAUUCGGCUUGAUGGUGGUCAUACAACAGGAACCGGAUGGCCGGUUUUUGGUCCGGUACGUUAGUGAGAAUUCCAAGAGGAUAAUAGGAUACAGCCCGCAGGACCUAUUCCGCCUCGACGACUUCCUAGGCAUCUUGACCGAGGAGCAGGCCGAAAUUUUGUUGGACCAUAUUGACUUCAUCAAGGAUGAAGAUGCGGAUCCAUCCACCAAUGGGCCCGACGUUUUUGCCCUGUCCAUCCGACCCCCAGGGAAGCCGCGGUCUGUCAAGCUUUGGUGCGCCCUCCACAUCCACCCAACGCGGCCGGACCUUAUCUUGUGCGAAUUUGAGCUGGCCGACGACCGCGAAUAUCCCCUUCGGCCGCCUGAUGAAGAGCUGCCUGAUAAUCCCGAGGAUACCCUCCGCCUGAACCCAACCACCGAGGAACUUAUCGAAAGCACAGAGGUUCUGAGCAGGCCUCUCAGGGUUCUGCGCAAUGCCCGCAAGAAAACAAGCGAGGCGGGUGCCGUUCAAGUCUUUGACAUCAUGUCCCAGGUCCAAGAGCAGCUUGCAAAUGCACCGAGCCUGGAGAAGCUGCUCAAGAUCGCUGUUGGCAUCAUCAAGGAGCUGACGGGCUUUCACCGGGUCAUGAUAUACCAGUUUGAUUCUUCUUACAAUGGCAAGGUGGUCACUGAGCUCGUCGACCCUGCGCAGACAAGGGAUCUUUACAUGGGAUUGAAUUUUCCGGCCUCUGAUAUCCCGCAGCAAGCUCGCAACCUGUACAAGCUUAACAAGGUACGCGUCCUGUAUGACCGGGAUCUUGAGACGGCCAGGAUUGUGUGCCGGACCAAGGAGGAACUGGAGCCACCGCUGGACAUGACACACGCCUAUCUCCGCGCCAUCAGCCCGAUUCAUUUGAAAUAUCUCGAGAACAUGGCUGUCCGAUCCUCCAUGUCUAUCUCCAUCAAUGCCUUUGGCGACCUCUGGGGCCUUGCAGCAUGUCACUCGUACGGUCCUAGGGGGAUGCGGGUAUCCUUCCCCGUCAGGAAGAUGUGUCGACUCGUCGGUGAAACCGUGGCGAGGAACAUUGAGCGCCUGUCGUAUACGGCCCGGCUAGACGCCCGCAAGCUUCUCAACGCGGUACCUGGCGACAAAAACCCGUCGGGGUGCAUCGCGGCCUCAUCGGACGAUUUGUUGAAGCUCUUUCGUGCUGAUUUUGGUAUGCUAUCGAUUGGAGAAGAAGCCAAGGUGCUCGGCAAAGUCGAGCGAUCCCAGGAGGCGUUGGCCAUCGUGGAGUAUCUGCGGCUUGCCCGGUUUAAGUCCGUCUUCGCUACCCAGGAUGUUGCGGCUCAGUUUCCGGACUUGCAUUACCCACCAGGGUUCUCAGUUAUCGCUGGCUUGCUCUACGUCCCACUGAGCGUCGACGGCGAGGAUUUCAUAGUGUUCUUUCGCAAGGGACAAGUCAUGGAGGUAAAGUGGGGUGGGAAUCCUUACGAGAAGACCAUUCAGGAAGGGACCGUAGGGUACCUUGAGCCUAGGAAGAGUUUCAAAACCUGGUGCGAGACGGUUGUGGGAAAAUGUCGUGAGUGGUCUGAAGAGCAGGUCGAAAGCGCGGCGGUGCUUUGCCUGGUUUACGGAAAGUUCAUCGAGGUUUGGAGACAGAAACAAGCUGCACUAAAGAGUAGCCGACUGACCCGGCUGCUCCUCGAGAAUUCGGCACACGAGGUUCGUACGCCACUGAAUGCCAUCAUCAAUUACCUGGAGAUUGCACUUGAGGGGACCCUCGACCAGGAGACCAGGGACAACCUGGCGAGGUCGCACUCGGCCUCACAAUCCCUCGUUUGCGUUAUCAACGACCUGCUAGACCUCACCAAGACCGAGAAAGGCCUAGAAUUGGUCAAGGGUGACAUAUUUGACUUGUCCGCGUGCAUUCGGGAGGCAACCGAACCAUUUGAGAGCAAUGCUAGACGAAAGGGACUUGGGUAUGAAGUGGUUGAGCAUCCAGGGUUUCCACGACACGUGAUUGGGGACCAACGCCGGGUAAGGCAAGUGGUUACAAACCUGGUUGCAAACGCUGUGGCGUAUACCUCGGCAGGCUUCGUCAAAGUCGAGCUAUACGUGGUUGAGGUGCAAGGUUGUCGGAUUCGCCUAGAGAUUGUGGUCCAGGACACGGGAAAGGGCAUGAGCGAUACUCAGGUGGAUGCAUUGUUCAGGGAGCUUGAGCAGGUCAGUAUGGAGCCGGAUAUGGAGGUCCAAUCAUCCGACGAGCAAGCGGCAGGCAAAGAGCGCCAUGGCAAGACGCUCGGGUUGGGCCUGGCGAUGGUCGCAAGGAUCCUGCGGAACAUGGACGGUCAACUACGCCUGAAAUCUGAGGAGGGGAAGGGCUCCAGAUUCGUCAUCCAAUUGCCCUUUGACCUCCCCGAGGAGGCCGGUGACCCGACAACUGCGGACAAAGAAGGCCUUUCUCACGAGCGGACCACGAGUCCAGGAGUAGCAGCACAAGUGGCGGCAAUAUCACCAGAGCCCCAUGAAGGAGAGGUUACGCUGGUUGACAGCGCUUCAUGUUCUGCCGGCACUGGGUCACCGUCGUUGCGCCGGAGUCUUGGUGAUAUCCUAGUGGCUACGGAUCAGGAUGGUGCCAAGGCCGCCGUGGGCAAUGGUGGAAUUUCAGUCGACGUUAUUCCGGGUUCUCUUACUAUCUCGGGGCUUAGACCGGCAGGUGACGCCCAGCAAAGUCACUGCUCGCAGCCCUCGGAAAGUGAGCCGGGUGCCGGGAGUCAUGGGCCGCUGGACAGCAUCGGAGUCGAACCCAAUAAGCCGCCUCCCGAAACCCCCGAGAUCAGAGACUUAGGCCAUCGCAAGGAGUUCGUCAAGCCGAUACCGAUACCUGACAACAAAGAUGACCCACAAAUUCCGCAGCACAUCUCAGGGGUUGAAGCGGAAGACAAGCCUGCCAUGAAGGAGCAGGCAGCGUCCGCACCUGACGGUCACGAAACAGAGCCGGUCAAACUGCAGGUGCUUAUUGCAGAAGACGACCCAAUCAACAUGAAGCUAUUGCGCAAAAGGCUGGAAAAAGCUGGGCAUAAAGUGUCGCAUGCCUUGAACGGCGACGAGUGCGCAACCAUGUACAAGGAGAAUCCACAGGAUUCUGAUGUCAUCUUGAUGGAUAUGCAGAUGCCCAUCAUGGAUGGCCUUACCAGCACGAAGGUCAUCAGGUCAUUUGAGCAGUCCGGUGGCCCGCCGGGAUUAUCUCAAGUCCAGUCUAAUCAUAAACAUAACCGCAUCCCCAUCUUCGCCGUGUCAGCUUCGCUUGUGGAGAAAGACAAGGACAUGUACGUCGACGCGGGCUUUGACGGCUGGAUCCUCAAGCCCAUCAAUUUCCAGCGCCUGGAGAUGCUGCUGCGGGGCAUUACCGACGAUGGCGCUAGAAACGAGGCGCUGUAUGUACGCGGCCGGUGGGAAAAGGGAGGAUGGUUUGAACCUCGAAGCGCCGAGGAUGCUAAGUAG